AAAUGGCAACCCACUCCAGCAUUCCUGCCUGGGAAAUCUCAUGGACAGAGGAGCCUGGCGGGCUACAGUCGACCGGGUGGCAAAGAAUCGGACACGACUUAUCGACUAUAAACAACAAAUGUUCACUUGGCCUGCUCUGAUACCUAUUAGCCGUUCCCAUUCUGCUUCUGUGGGACAGAAGCAACGACGGGCAAGGAAUGAUGCCCUUAGAGCAAAGAUCCCCCGUCAGGCCAGCCACGAGGACCGAGGGUCGCCGGAACCGGGUUUUUCCCCGCGACCCCCCGCCGACCGGGGGCGGAGCACCUGCGGGCUGCAGAAGGGGCGGAGCACGUUGCGGGCGAGGCUCUGGAGGCGGGGCCGGGGGACUCGGGGGCCGGCCUCCCGGGAGCGGUAGCGACGACCUCCGCGGACGCCGGGCGGGUACGCAGGCUCGGUGGGCCGCCGGGAGGGAGCUAGCCAGCGGUCCAGGGAGGGAACUGCUGACCGGUCACCGGCUGUGGGCACGAUGCGACCCGGAGAGGAGCGGCCGGUGGAAGGGGGCGCCUGCGCCAGCGUCUCCGAUCUGGAGCUGCUGAAGCUGCGCGCUGCGGAGUGCAUCGACGCGGCGGCCGAGCGCCUGGGGGCCCUGAGCCGCGCCAUCUGGAGCGAGCCCGAGCUGGCCUACGAAGAGCAUCAGGCCCACGGCGUGCUGACGCGCUUCUUCCAGAGCGAGACCCCGGCCGGGUCGUGGGCGGUGCAGCCGCACUACCAGCUGGCCACGGCCUUCCGCGCCGAGUGGGGGUCGUCGGGGGGCUGGGCGGCGCCGCGCCCGCUGCACCUGGGCUUUCUCUGCGAGUACGACGCGCUGCCCGGCAUCGGGCACGCCUGCGGCCACAACCUGAUCGCCGAGGUCGGGGCGGCGGCCGCCCUGGGCGUGAAGGGAGCCCUGGAGAGCCUCGCCGGACUGCCUCUGCCGGUGAAGGUGAUUGUCCUGGGAACCCCUGCAGAAGAAGAUGGUGGUGGCAAAAUUGAUUUAAUUGAAGCCGGGGCUUUCAAAAAUCUUGAUGUUGUUUUUAUGGCCCAUCCAUCUCAAGAGAAUGCCGCUUAUCUACCUGACGUUGCUGAACAUGAUGAUACAGAAAAAGUCAUUCCUGAUGAUGUUCUGUCUCCUAGUGUGACUGUGAAGUACUACGGUAAGGCGUCUCACGCCGCCGCUUAUCCCUGGGAAGGGCUGAAUGCAUUGGAUGCUGCCGUCCUCGCUUACAACAAUCUGUCCGUGUUAAGACAGCAGCUGAAGCCCGCCUGGAGAGUUCAUGGUAUAAUAAAAAAUGGUGGUGUAAAACCCAAUAUCAUUCCCUCUUAUUCUGAGUUAAUCUAUUACUUCCGUGCACCCUCAAUGAAAGAGCUUCCAGUUUUGACCAAAAAGGCAGAAGAUUGCUUCAGAGCUGCAGCUUUGGCCACUGGGUGCACAGUGGAAAUUGACGGUGGAGCACAUGAUUAUUACAAUGUUCUUCCCAAUAAGAGUCUGUGGAAAGCUUAUGUGGAAAACGGAAAAAAGCUAGGAAUAGACUUCAUUUCAGAAGAUGCCAUGUUCAGUGGCCCUUCAGGAUCUACCGAUUUUGGAAAUGUUUCUUUUGUGGUUCCCGGGAUUCAUCCGUAUUUUUACAUUGGAUCUGACGCCUUGAAUCAUACAGAACAGUACACUGAAGCUGCAGGAUCACAGGAAGCUCAGUUCUACACUUUGAGAACAGCCAAAGCUCUGGCAAUGACUGCACUGGAUGUUAUUUUUAAACCAGAGUUGCUGGAAAGAAUCAGAGAGGACUUCAAAUUGAAACUUCAAGAAGAAGAGUUUUAAAUGCAGUAGGAUAAAAGGAGGGUUUAGGAGCUACUUACAGAUCAUUCAGAAGAAGUGAUGAUUUUUCUCCUGUAAUCUUCUUUAAUGAGCGAGGAGGGCAUGGCUUGUUUUUCAGUCUUAAAGGAGUCAAAUUCCUCUUACCUGAAAAGUGAGGACACGAUGUGGAAAAAACAUAUUACCUCACCUCAUAUCUAGAGUGAAAAUUUCACAAAUCUGUGGCUGAUGAAAUUGUGACCUUUCAGAGCUGGCAUUUCAUAAACAACCUGGAUGACACAUGGUUUAUCAGUGAUAAUAUUUUAUAAAGCCAUAUGUUGUGUGAGUGUAUUUUAAAAGAUCCAAGAGAUUUCAGGCCUUAUAUUCAUAAUGGGCACAUGAAAGAUAUUUUUGGUAUUGGUAACACUGUUCUAUAAAGUUGUUUAAAAAUUCCCGUUCUAAAUUUAUGGAAGAUUCAUUUGGAAUAUCUGUAUCUGUUUUGGUCUAGAGACUCUCUUCAUUGAUAAUAAAAGUAGGCUUUUAAUCAGAAAUGCUGUGGGAAAUAACUAGAAACUCAGGUGCAAAGAAUGAGCUUAAGUUACCGUUUGAAAGAAAAUGCAAAUGUUCUUUUUUGUAUAUAACUUACUCUGAGGAGUGGCAUUGAAGUGCUGUUUCUCAUUCCAUAUUAUUGUAAUAGGGAAAAUGGUAGCUGGAUAGGAUUAGGCUCUUCCUGUAAGGUUUUGGCUUGGUGGCCCCAUGUGUCCUAGAGGAAUAUGGUGAGAGGAGUGAUGUCUGCUUAUCUUGAAUGUUAAUGUCAUGGAACUGGUCCCCUCUACCUAGCAGCCCUGUUCAGGCUUCUCCUCAGAAGCUAGCCUGUCCAGCCUGAGUAAACUCGGUAGUUUAUUAAAUUUAGGGGACAGAAUUCUAAGCCUCCUUAAGCCCCAUGCUAGUAUAAACUAAGAAGUAUUAUAUUAGUUUUUCCUGGUGUGACUUUCUUUAUCAUGAUAAAAGAAUGUGAAAAGUAUCCAGUAAAACAAAUAUAUUAAGCUGUGAAUAUAGUAAAGGUCCAGGAGUCUUUAUUUUAAAGGGAGUCCUCAAAUUUGAGCCAUAAGCAUUCCAAAAAUGGCAGGGGGAAAGAGAGCAAAGUGAGCAUUUGGUCUCAGCUGUAAGCGAGUCAGCUUGUGUGCUCUGAGACUUCCGCUUCUCAUUUGGAAAGUUAGAUUUGAUCCCGUAUCCUUAUAGUCUUUUAAACCUCUAUUUCCUCUUCUAUCUGAAGUUAUUUAAAGUUAAAAGAAAGAGAGGGGAGCUUGAGAGGAGAGUUAGUAUUUAAGAAUUGCUUUCCUUCUGUAUCUGCCGUCUGCAGACUGGCCUGAUUUGGCAAGCAGCCUGAUUGUUUAUGGCUAGCGUGCUGAAAAUGAGCUGUUCUUUUUUAAAGGGCGCAGGAAGAAAGAGCAUCAGACAGCAAAUUGUGUGACCUGCAACACCUAAGAUAUUUACUGUCCGCCCCUUUGUGAGAUAAAGUUUGCCUGUCCAUCCUGUAUAACAUAAAAACUGGCUCUCUUUGACUUAUAUCAUAUAAUCAGAUCUUAUCCUGGAAGAAAACUUCAGGCCUCUGAAUUGAAAACAGUGAGAAAGGGACUUAGCAGUGCCCAUGACGCGUCAGUGGUCUGUCCUCACUGGGGGUUCUGGCUCUUUUGAAGUUUGCUUUCCUUUAGUAUCCAGCCUUCAGGCUGUCCCCUGUGCAAGCCACUCUUCUUACUCUGUAUCAGCUUUUAGAACUCGAUCCUCCAUGACAUUCUCUGUCUCAUUUUUUAAAAUUAAAGUAGAUCCCUGGGUCCGGAAGACCCCCUGGAGAAGGGAAUGGCUACCCACUCCAGUAUUCUUGCCUGGAGAAUUCCAUUUCCCCCAGAUCUCACCCUGACAUUUUAUGUUAAGUUAUUUAGUAUAAUUCAGACUUUAUUCUUUAUAAUUCAGACUUUUAAAAUCCCCUCUUCGUUUUUAUUUACUAGUGAGUUAACUGAGCCAUAUUACAUUAAAGCGUGUAAAUAAAUACAUAAAUAAAUGCUGAGUCAAAAUCUCCUGUCCAGAGGAACAACUGUAGCUAAUCUUCACUAUGCAAUUAGAAUUGGGGAGACUACUUCCUUUGUGAAGGUAUUAGUUGCUCAGUCGUGACAGACUCUUUGCGGCACAUGGACUAUAGCCCACCAGGCUCCUCUGUCCAUGGGAUUUCCCAGGCAAGAAUACUGGAGUGGGUUGCAUUCCCUUCUCCAGAGGAUCUUCCCAACCCAGGGAUCAAACCCAGGUCUCCUGCAUUGCAGGCGGAUUCUUUACAGUUUCAGUGGGGAAACCCACUUCUUUGUAAUGGUAGUUUUUCCUUUUGGAACUAGGGUCUUUCUUUAUCCUCAUACUUCAAUGGUAUGUUUGUAAUGUGCUAAAUUUUCAUAAAUGUUUAUACUUAGCUUAAAUUAUCAUUGUGUUGAUUGGGCCUCACAUUUUAGAUUAAAUCUCCAAAGAUUAUUUGGAGGAUAAAUGGAGAACCACUCAAUUACAGGAGAACAGUGUCACUUCUAGAUAAAAAGGGUUAUAUAUAUAUGUAUAUACAUAUACUCUAUAUAUGUAAAUGAGUAUUUUUAGGAGGUUGACACAUGAAUAAGACUUUUUCAAAAUGGAAUUUUGUGCCUUGAUUUGAGAAAAGGGGCGACUGGCUUUUUCUCCCAAAAUCCGUUUGAAUCAGGACACUUGACUGUCUCUUAGAUUCGGUGAUUGCAUGUUACUCCUCUGCCUGAUUAUGUGUUCUUUGAAGCCGCUGUCUUUUCUGUAUGCUUAAUUUCCUUUAAGUGCAUUAAAACCUGACUCAUUUGAAAGAAAAAACAGGCCAAGCUAAGUUAGUAUAAAGUUUAAAAUAAUUUGACUUUUAAAAUAGUGAAUUAACUUCUAACCUAAACUAGAGACAUAAGUGGACCUGCUUGAGUAUCUUGGUUUUUAUGGAAAAAGGGUUUAUUACAUGGUUUUCUGUUUCUUUUUGAACUUUCACUGUUCACAGGCUGAACUGAAAGCCUUUUCCUCAAAUACCAACUUUUGGCUAUUUUUCUUAAAUUAAUAGACCUAAAUUAUAUAGUCCAGAUUAAUGGGUUAAAUUUAAUAACAGAUUGAACAUGUUUUUUCUUUUGUGGCUUAAUUUUAAAAGCAGGCCUGACUGAAUAUGGGACCUGGAUAAAACGAUUAUGUGGUACUACUCACUACUAAGUUGCUAUAUACUAUAUAAUGAUUAAGUGUUGCUAAUAUUUAGCUAGCCUCUUAAAAUUCUUAGAUUCUAUUAGUUUUAAAAACUACUCAUAUUUUAUGAAUUAUUCAGGAAUUUUCCCCUUUUAAUUGCUUCUUCCUGUAACACUCAUGAGGGCUGGGACAUUUAGGUUAAAUUAGAACAUUCUCAUGUGUUCAUGAAUACUUGUAUAAACUGGAAGUGUUUUGGUUUCCCACAAUCCUCCAGAGGACUGUUUAUUUAUUAGUAAGUUGUAGUGAUCUUUUCAACAGUUGAGUUCGGUGAACAUUUGUCAAGGAGAGCCUACUUCUAAGCACUGGGGGUAAGGUAAAGAGUAAGAUAUAGUUCAUGCUCCCAAAAACUUGUGGUUGGUGGUAACUUCUCAUAAGAUUUGCUUCAUUUAAGCAACACUGGGUUUGAGGAACACCUGAAGGCUGCUGUUUUGGAAAUUUUUGAGGAAGUGUUUCUGAAAUAUUUUAAAAUACCUGAGUCAUCUCAGUCUGUUUGAAUAGAAGAAAUUGAUAUGAAAAGUCUUCUUAAAGAAUGAUUGUCUAAUUUUAUAAUAUGUUCUUUUUAGAAAACCUUUCAGAUAGUUGUAUUUUAUAUAUUUCUUACUUUUUAUCUGAAGCAUCUCUGGUCUUCUGGAAAAUGUUCUACGUAGUACUAGCCUUCAAAAGAUCAAAGUAAAUUUUCAUUGUAAAAUAAGUCAAUUGUCUUGCUGCUAGCUAGCAACUCUUUAUAAGUGUGUAAGGUAUGAAAAACUGCUUCUUUAUUUUUGUUUAUACUUCAGCAAGCCUUUUGCAAACAAAUUAUAUAGUUAAGGAUGGUGCAUUUGAUAUGUAUGAAGUUAAUAUUUUCAAGUAAAAUCAGUCUCUACUACCAUCAGAUCAUAGUCAUUUUUAAAAUAUUUUAAUGCAUACAUAUAUUAAAGUAUGUAUGAAAAAAUCUAUAAUGUUAAUAAAUGUAUUUAUCAAA